UUGAGCGUAUAGUGAUCGAAAAAUACUAACGAGAACGUUUUCAACGUCGUGGAGUUGUAGAUGAGAAACGACGAACGGAAAGGGAAAUGAAAUUUCUCUCUUUUACCCUUUAGGCUAAAUGGAUUUGACAGCCAUGGUAACGAGUAUCGAAACAAAUCUCUGGCCUUUACUCGUUGGCUUGAGAAUCUUUGGCUUCCACAUGGGGUCCAGCAAGAAACCGAGUGAAGGAUCACGUUACUCCAUUUGCCUGACAGUCGUCGGUUCCCUGAUGGUUUUGUCGACUGUCGUGAUUCACUGCACUUCGUUCGUUUGUGGCGUGAUGAGAUUGAAAGCCAAUGGAAUCGGUACCAACGGCACUAACUUGACGACGGCCAAUCUUCUCAACAUCGGGAUCGAACAUCUCAAUUACACUUGGGUCCUCAUCGGCGUUCACGUCACCUUCUUCUUCGUCUCACUCACGUCCAACUGGACAACGUUGUGGGAUUCUCUGCUCUUGAUAGAAAGGGACUUGAAAUUGAACUCAACGUUUCACCGCAAGUGCAAGAAGAGCGUCAGCAUUGGAUUCUGUUUUCUACUGAUCGAUUGCGUCAGUCACUUGCUCAUCUCGAUCCGAUCGUUUUACUGGGAUAUGGGCGUUCUCAGUCCGUUGGCCAUUGUCCUGUCCAACGUUUCCAGGACGACUAUCGUCAGCGUUUUCCUGCUUUUCUGCGUCCUCGUGCGAGUUAUUAUGCUCGUCUUUCAAACGCUGAACGACCAAAUCGCCCAUCUAGACGAAACGGACCAGUUUCCCUCGUUGUACUUGACCAGCAGGGUCUUGAAUAUCCGUCUAGAAAAAUGGCGCAGAAAUCACACUCUGGCCUGCGAAUUGGUCGAGAUGGUCAACCAAUGUUUUGGCAUCGUGAUGCUCGUCACGGUUGUCAAUGUUUUCAUCAGUUUCAUUACGACGACGUUUGAGAUUGUGCGUUCCAUGCAAGACGAUGCGACGAUACCUGUCCUUUUCACCGUCAUCUUCAUUAAAAAAUCCAUUUUGCUCUCCAUCAUUAUUUAUGAACCCUAUCGUCUACAAUCCGAGGCUGCUCGGACUGCAGUCUCUCUCCGCAAACUUCAACCUUCCACUGCUGACCUUUUGACCCAAAUCAAACUGAAUACUGUUGUAAUCGAGGUAACUCACGCCGGCCCGAAAAUCACGGCCAUGGAAUUCUUUGACGUUAAUCGCAGACUUUUGCCAACCGUAAGUUUAACGUACUUUUCUUCGUCGUCCAUUGCUAAUCGCUUGAUUUCCUCUGUUUCAGUUGAUUGGCAGCACAUUGACGUACGUGGCCAUUCUCUGUCAAGCCUCGUCAAAUACCCACCCAUCGUUCAAGUAACAAUAAAAUUCGUUUAAUUGCUCUACGAUUAACAGACAGUUACAUUUUGCCGUAAAGUGGAACACAUCAGCUAUAAGACUGCGCUCGUCAUUCCAAACUGUCCAUAUCAGCACUUCCAUCGUUGAGAACUUAGGCUGGUGGGCGGAACAAAUCUCACGUUCGAUGGACGACACUUUGCUCCGUUGAUUUUGUUAUUAGUAUACUGUAAAGCCCUACUAAAAUACUAUAAACAAACGAGCUGAGCAACGCACAGUAUAUACAUCUCGUCUAGGAUUGAGAAUCCAUUUUCGCUGAGGUAACAAGAGAGCAGCAGGCUUUGGUUACUCACAAAGAUAACAUUUAGAGGGGUGAUGUAAAGUUCUGUCUGUGUCAAGCUGAUGGAUCUGUAGGACUAAAUUGCUCUAUUAUUGGAUAGAAUACAAGGGGACUAAUCAUCA